AAACAUUGAGACAGAAGAUGGCACCCAACGACGCAUCAACAGGCAAGCCACGCUCAGUCGAAGUGCUCGAAGUGGAGGACGAUGAUCAACGCCAACAACGCAUGAGCGAUAUAUUCAGGAGAUUGAACAGCCCGUCUCAACCUUUACCAGGAGACACCCCGACGCUGCCCGUGCUUCCCCGCAGAGACGACGGUAGCUUGCCCGCCGAGCCGUCCACGGACUUGCUCUCUCGCGUACAAGCGUUCCUUCCACAGCUCGCCGCGUCGAACGCCGACCUGCUUCGCCGCGCACAAGAGGACCCGUCCAGCGUCGACAUCGAGAACACCGCCGAUGUCGAGCGGAUCAUAGAAAUGAACCUUGGGCUCGGUGUGUUCGAGCAGCGCGCGCCUGCACCAAGCACCACUCCGUAUGACGCGGACCUGCGCGAGGAUGACGCAGACGCGACGAGGCAGUCUUCAUCAGACCACUCAGACACCGAUUCUUCCGAUUCAGACUCGGAGACAGAGAGCUCCGACUCCACGUCUAACUCUAACUCUAAUUCCGACUCUGACGCUGACGCCUCAAUGGACGACGAAUCCUCUCCAAAGAGACCUAUAAAACCACUCCCCCGUGGCAAAUCGUCCCGCCCAGAGAUAGUCAUAUUAGAUGGUGACCGCCAGCCCACACAUUGAACAUUAUACAUUUGUGCAUGUGAGACAAA